AUGCCAUCCACCUUACUCUCCUUCAUCACUAUCGCAGUCUAUUCCUGCACGUUAUGCCAAGCACCCCCGCCCUUAAAUCCCUUCGCGGGUGAAGGUGGCGUCGGACACACCUUUGCCCAAGGGCCGGGGCCAUUCUAUAACGGUAUCGGCCUUCCAAUAGAGUACGGUAACCUAGCUCCAGGUCACCACUUAAACAACGUUGUACCUCGGUUUCCAGUCGAGGACUUUCCUGAACACUUGGCGCCCUCACCUUCUCAAGCUCCCCACAAUUAUUAUUAUAAUAGAGACCGCGAAGACCCCGACGGUUUCCGGAGAUCUCACUAUACUAACGGCCAGUCUAGCGGCAACCCUCCGCGCCUACCUUUUCCAUUUCAACAGGUUCCUCCAAUCCACAGCCCCCAACCCUGGAUUAAGUUUGGUGGCUCUCACGUCCACCCUGGCGCUCCAAAUUCAAUUAAGAACGCCCACGACCAUUUUCACGGCCGCCCUUCCCUCGAGCGGGUGGCCAUCGAACACAGUUCAGCUAUUACAACGGGCCGCAGGACCCCGUUAUCUAGCGAAACUCGACAGACGUGGAAACGACAGGGCGAAAGUUAUCGAGCUCUUAACAAGGAUGAUCGACAAGAGGUAAAUUUCUGGCUCGGACAAUGGUUUCUCAACACCCACCCCAGCACGGAAGACUGGAAUGAGAUCAGUGCUUAUGUCUGGUCUCUACAAGAAUCUGUCCGAACGACCUCGAGACCAACUGCGGUCUGGUGGAAACAGUCUCUGAUCGAUGGCAAUAAACCAAACAAUCAAUUUAUCCAAUUAGUUCAAAUAGGUGAUCGACUCAAAUUCUUCGAUCCCAGCCCUGCACUCCAGCUCAAUGGAGUUGAGGCGGAAGAAAUCACUAAGGAUAUCACCACGAUUCUCUACUUGGGCAAGGAUAGACAACUCAGACAAAAUGCCUUGAACGUCGAGGCAUUGACCAAAUAUCGCGAUGCAGGAAGCCCUCAAGUUUCGAUGUAUGAGGCCCGUGUCGGUCAACUAAUGAGGCACAGGUUGAGGGAUUUUGACUCCCAAAACGAUGUGGAACAAACCAGAAGACUCAGAGAACUUUACUUGUUUUACGGUGUCACCUCCACGAAAGCCGACCGAUUGUCCCCGAAGGCUCUAUCAAAGAAGGGCCAUAAAUCGUUUGGAAAACUCUUCGAAUUCCAAGCUUAUGACUAUCCUGGUCAAACCAUCUACAACAAUAUUCAAACUCAGCUAUUUAAAUUGGCCAAGUAG